AUGAUGGUUGAUUUAUCGCUUGUGACUGCAAAUCUACUUGGCAUGUGUUCCGAAACUCAUCACCAACUCACGAUCACAUUCCUCUUCCUCUCGUCCCCGUCUCCUCCACACUCAUUUCUAUGUUCUCCACCGCCAUAUUUCGUGUUUGCCUUGACAACUGGAUGUACUCCCUUCUACAUUGACCACAUAUUGGGGGUGCCGAAGGCCAAGCGCUCGACCAAACUGAUGAGUCGACUGCUAGAUCGCCUUUCCGAUCCUAUGGUGUCGAACGUCGUCGCCCUCGUGAUCGGCGGCGCAGCCCUCCUCCUUGUCCCACUCUCCAUGAGGGACGUCUGCCCGAAGGGGACCUACGGGAUCGUCACGUGCGAGUGCUACAUCCCCCUCCGGGCCGCGCUCUACACCCUCGUCUUCGGCCACACCGUCGCUAGCGGUGAGUCGUGGUCCCCCAUCACCACACCGCACACGCUCACCACCUCACUGCGGCCCCCUCCAGCGCGUCACCGCAUCAAACCGGUCAACCGCAAGGGGGUCCUCGUAGUCAGUCCCUCGUUAUAUUUGUCAUCUUUAGCCUUUGCCAUCUCACUGCGGAGUGUGAUUGCAGUCGAAUUGAUUGGUGUUCACCACUUGACACCAGCGUUCGUCUACCUCCUCGUCUUUCAGGGGACGGGUGCAGUCGCCGGACCCCUGGUUGUAGGUGAGUCGAGCUACCGUUUCCCAAGGUGUCGGCACACAUUCGUUGCUGUUUCACCUUACGAGGUUGCAUUUGCAACCCCUUUUCGCGUGUGUGUUCCAGGCCUAAUCUCCGAAGCUGCCUCAGGCGUCAAAAUUGGCCCCAGCCUCCUCUCCGACACCAGUUACUUGCUCACAUCGCACCCCGCCAACCCGCUGAACUGGUGCUUCUACACGUGCGGCCUCGUCUUCCUGUGCUCGGCCCUCGCGUACACGCCGCUGCGGCGGCUGGCGGCAUGGGAGGCGCGCCGCUACCUCGCCGCCCGACGCCGUCCCCCCUCCUGCUGUCUCUGCGCCUCGGCGACCCCGGCCGACACCACUCCCUUGGCCCCCCUGCAGCCCCCCGACGCGCCCUCACACCCCGGGGGAAGCCAUGACUUGGACAGUGACGUGAAGCCAAAAGAAUCGGUGGGUGGUUGGUUGGUUAUGGCCGCUUAG